UCUGUGACGUCCCCGGAAGUGGCCUGCACCAUGACGGUUUUGUGUACAUUAUGUAGAGGAAUAUUUCAGGAUGUGAAACACAAACGUGUCCCGAACUGACUGAAGAUUCUGCAGCAGCUUCUCCACAAACAUCGCGUGUCACCAUGACGACGAUCGUCCACGACGCCUCGGAGUCUGUGCUCCUGUGUCGAGAACACAACCUGUACUUAAAACCCAUCGCCAAGAUGACCAUCAGCGUGUCGCUCCCUCAGCUCAAGCUGCCUGGGAAAUCCAUCUCCAACUGGGAGGUGAUGGAGCGCCUGAAGAACAUGGUUCACCCUGAGCAGUUUUCCUCACUCCGGAUCUCCAAAAGCACCAUGGAUUACAUCCGCUUUGAGGGGGAGGCGGAGAACAAGAGCGCCGUCAAGCGAUUUUUAGCCAAUUUGGAUGGGAAGUGUAUCAAACUCAGUGGCUUCACCGACGUGCUGAAGGUGCGUGCUGCUGAAACUAAGAUGGACUUUCCAACACGUCACGAUUGGGACUCGUUUUUCAGAGACGCUAAGGACAUGAAUGAGACGGUCCCGGGUGAGAGACCGGACACCGUCCAUCUUGAAGGACUUCCAUGUAAGUGGUUUGCUCUGAAAGACGCUUCGUCAGACAAACCUUCAGAAGAAGCCCUGAAGUGUGUGUUUGAAAAAUUCGGGAAGAUCCGGAACGUCGACAUUCCCAUGCUCGAUCCGUACAGGGAGGAAAUGACGGGGAAGAACUUCAACACCUUCUCGUUCGGCGGCCAUUUAAACUUCGAAGGUUACGUCCAGUACGAGGAUCACACAGGGUUUGUGAGGGCAAUGAGCUCACUGCGAGGGAUGAAGCUGCUCUAUAAGGGGGAGGACGGGAAGGCCAUGGCCUGUGGCAUUAAGGUGAGUUUCGACACAACCAAACACCUGAGUGACUCCUCACUGAAAAAGCGACACCAGGAGCGCUUGAAGCUUCAGGAGCUGGAAAGGCAGAGAGAGGAGCAGAAAAGAAGAGAGAAGGAGGAGGAGGAGAGGCGCAGGGAUGAAGAACGAAAGCAGCGCGAGCUGGAGGAGGAAGAGAAGGAAAAGAGGAGAGAAGAGAAGCUGCGUAAACGAGAGCAGAAGCUGAAGGAGCGCGAGGAAAAAAAGAACCAGAAAAAAGUGAGGAAGCAGCAGGAGGAAGAGCAAAAGAAACUGCACCAGAAAAUUGCCAUGGAGGAGAGGAAGCUGCUGCUGGUGCAGAGGAACCUUCAGUCCAUCCGGCUCAUCGCUGAGCUGCUGAGCAGAGCCAAGGCUAUAAGGCAGCAGCAGCUGGAGCGAGAGAAGGCUGAACUCGCACGCUUGCAGAAAGAGGCAGAGAUUCAGCGUCAGCAGGAGGCGGAGCUUCGGCUUCAACAGGAGGCGGAGCUGAGACGGGUGGAGGGCGAAAAGGCUCGAGCUCUGGAGCUCCAGAGAAAAGAAAGAGAGCUGAGGGACCGAUUGCUGGAGAACCUUCUGAAAAAAAGCACCAAUCAGGAGGUGGGGUCUAAUGGGGAGGUGCAGGAGUGGGAGGGGCCCAGCACUGAACUGCCCCAGGGGGAGGAGCCAAACAAAAUCAGCACCUCUGUCACUAGGGUUCACCACGAGAGCAAAUCGCGGAAAGAGGAGGAGCGAGGAACAUCGAGAGAUUGGAAACACAGCUGUGGGAGGAGCCAAAGUCAGAAUAGGAGUGGCCAGAGGAGGAGCAGUAAUCGACGUCACCAAGAUGGACGAAGUCGAAGCGGGAGCGGUCAGAGACGGAGCAGGAGGUCCGCUCGUGGGCGGAGCUUGAGCAGGAGCAGGAGUCGACGGCGGCAUAGCCAGGAUAGGAGGGACCAAAAAAAGAGUGGGCGGGGCCAUAGGUACAGCCAUGGGCGGAGCAGCAGUAGCAGUAGUGGAAGGAGCACAAGUCACUCUUCCAGUCGAGGGCGGAGUCGGCGAGCCAGACGACACUGAAUGCUGAAGUUAUUGAAAAAAAAAGUAAUAGAUAGGAAAAGAACCUGCUAAUGAUUAGUGCUAAUAUUGUGAACGGUGUUAUUUACAUGUGGUGCUGAUUAAAAGCCUGAGUCACUUCAGAUGGAAGCUACAGAGUAAAACACGACGAUUACAGCAGAAGAGCAUGAGAAUGUUUAGCUUUUUCAUGACUUAAACAGGUUUAUGAGCUCCUGGUUUUGUUCUUUAUUGAUUAGCGUCUUCCUCCUGACAUUUAAAUGCUUUCCCCAUGUUGUGUACGUUAGCAUGCUAACUGUGUGGUGUUUACACGGUUCCUCAAGCUGAAAUCAGCACCAUGUGGGUGACGUGUUCAGUGUUACAGUGGAACCAACUGAGAGACACUAAUUGUACAAAGCAACAAGCAAACUCCUAAAGAGCAAGUGGAGAUUCUCCACAGUUCUGUUCUGUGUGGACUGUGUGGACUUUUAUCAGCUCAGGUUCACGUUCUAAUGCUUUGUCCAGUCCAGAAGGUCUGGACCUGUCAGGAACAUCAGGAUGUUUGCGUGUUUUUCUGUCACUCGUUUUGUGCUGUUUCUUGCUUUUAGACAAAAGCCAAAGAUAUUUGUUGGUUCUCUGUAACUUUUUAUUUUCUAUAAAUAAACCACCAACAUUUUGUGAUCUUGAGGAUAAAAAGGUUCCUGCUGCUUUACUGUAAGCGUCGUGUCGCAGUGUUUUAGUGCAGAGAAGAUCAGAAGAACUGAAACCACGUGUAUUUUGUGUCCAGUGAAGGAUUUGUGUUACAGAUCGAUUCCUCAUGAAGCUUUAAUCUGAGGAAUGUUUACUGGUCUGAUUUCUGUUAGUUUUCUCUGUUUGAAUUUGAACAAAAAUAAUAAAUCUUCUCUAAAGUCAA